AUGGCAGUAGGAUUCCCAACUGGAAACCCGAUAUCGAGUGGCGUCGCUACUUCUGCCUCAAAGGAGAGCUGGUCAAAUGAAAUGAACAUUGAUGGAGAGAAUGACCCGAACUUGGUUGCAAAUAGUGUCUCCCAAGUAUCUUUACAGGAUGCGGUAGAGCCAAUCCGUCGCCGAAAACGCAUCUUGCUUUCGACGGAGAGCGCUUUCGUGGGAAAUGUUCUCCCCUCGCUAGUCCACCACCCUGGAGUUGAACUCCGACUGAUUACUGAUGAACCAUCCGCUCUUCUCUCCGGGGCAAGCAAAGUCCCCCACUACAUGGACACCGUAGACAGCCAAACAUUUGAGAAAAAAACGGGCGCUCGGAAAUGGUUGAGGGCCAAGGCUGCGGAGCUAUGCCAAUGGGCCGAUAUGCUUCUGGUCGCCCCCAUGGAUGCUGGUGCAUUGGGCUCGAUGUUGUCAGGUGUCACCAGCACAUUAACGUUGGCGCUUCUCCGUGGCUGGAUCCAUACAAAACCAGUUGUGCUAAUACCGGGCAUGACAGUCUCCGAGUGGCACCACCCGCUAAGUAGGAGACAACUCCAAGAGGUCAACCAAUUUUGGCCAUGGAUCAAUGUUGUCGCACCUGUGUUAAUGGAAUCCAGUGGUCCGGAGGAGCUGGUUCAGUUACCUUGGCAUGGUCUGAAAGAAACGCACGAAACGAUCGAAAGGACUCUAGGGUUGUCUUUUUCACAUUUUGAUACGACUUCAAAUUGUCCAUCGGAAAAUUGUUACGACGCCACCCCUUCAAGGGCGGCCACGUCUGGCAAUAACGCGUUGACGGCGUUACGGCAUCCUCCCUGUCAUUCCAGGGACGAAAAGGGUGCACUUUCGUUACCCGUCGAGCUGUGGUUUAAUAUCUUUGAGGAUCACCUACAUGAUUGGGAGAUCGCCAAAGCUGUUGGCAUUCCCACGAAUCUGCAAGUACCAAAAGAGUGGCAGAGCCAUCUCCUGAAAAUGUCGACACCCGCAUCCUUGGAGUACACGAUACUCAGAGGGUCGUUUGCGGCGAUCAAGAAGCGCAUAGAUAGUCUACCACGAUGGAAGCCACUGUCCGAUCUUGCUUGUCAUCUCAUUUCGAAGUUCUCGCGGACUGAUAUACUCUCAUAUCUCACGGAGAACCACCUUGACUUACUCUGGACGACUUCUCGCCUCACCAAUCUCCCAUAUCGGGCCUCUGCGAUCUACGGCAAUCCCAAUAUUCUGACAUGGUGGCGUGAUGCACCCGCACUUCCCAACAAAGAAUACAUCGCAGAUGCGAUGGAUGGAGCUUCUCGUGCCGGUUUUGUCAACGUCCUUGAAUGGUGGAGAACAUCCGGUCUUGAACUCCGGUAUACGGAACGGGCACUCGAAUCCGCCAGUGCGGAGGGUCGUGUUGAAGUUCUGGACUGGUGGAAGAAAGCUUCAGACAAUGCACCCGCUUCGAUUCCAAUCCCCUUGAAAGUCGGCAAAUCAGUCCUCCUCGCAGCGCAGUCCGGCCGCACGGAAUCCCUUAUCUGGUGGGACGCCUCAGGCAUCCCAUACAGCCACGCCGAGUCGGUGGCCCGGAUUGCCAGCACGCACGGCCAUGUCCACGUCCUCGACGUCUGGUAUCAGCUGAAAGGCGCCAAAAUGAUCUUCGACUCCCAGGUCCUCGUCGGCCCCACCAAGAACGGACACGACAACGUUCUCGAAUGGUGGCGACAAAGUGGCCUUCGCGUCGAGUUCAAAACAUGCGAUAUCGAAGAAGCUUUGGAAGAUGCAGACCCAGUCUCCGGCGCCGAAGGGCGUGUUCGACGAUGGUGGGCUCGGAACGGCCUCAACCUUGGUGUUGGUACCAGUGAAUGGAUGAAAACAAAGGUGUUGUAG